AGACGUAAGGAGAGGCUUGGAGAGAGCAGACGCCUUCUGGAUUCAAGAAGACGAGGUGAGCUGAGGUGCCUGGCUUUAGUGAAGACCCUGUGGGGACUUCCUGGCUGCGGUUUCGACGUACCUGACUCCACACGCCCCUAAGACUCAGCUGUUACUCGGCCUCCCAGAAAGAUGGAUAGGAGAAAUGACUACGGAUAUAGGGUGCCUCCAUUUCAGGGCCCUCUGCCUCCCCCUGGGAGCCUGGGGCUUCCCUUCCCUCCAGAUAUACAGACUGAGACUACAGAAGAGGACAGUGUCUUGCUGAUGCAUACCCUGUUGGCGGCAACCAAGGACUCCCUGGCCGUGGACCCACCAGUUGUCAACCGGCCUAAGAAAAGCAAGACCAAGAAGGCCCCUAUAAAGGCUAUUACUAAGGCUGCACCUGCUGCCCCUCCAGUCCCAACUGCCAAUGAGAUUGCCACCAACAAGCCCAAAAUAACUUUGCAGGCUUUAAACCUGCCAGUCAUUACCCAGAUCAGUCAGGCUUCACCUACCACUGAGGUAACCAAUACUCAGGUUUCUUCAGUCACUGCUCAGCCUAAGAAAGCCAACAAGAUGAAGAGAGUUACUGCCAAGGCAGCGCAAGGCUCCCAAUCCCCAACUGGCUGUGAGGGUGGCGCUACACAGCUCAAGUCACCCUUGCAGGUCCUAAACCUACCAGUCAUCUCACAGAAUAUUCAUGCUUCAAUUGCCAAUGAGUCAGCCAGUUCCCAGACCUUGAUAACCUCUAUCAAGCCUAAGAAAGCUUCCAAGGCUAAGAAGGCUGCGAAUAAGGCCAUAGCUAGUGCCACCGAGGUUUCACUGGCUCCAACUGCCACCCAUACAGCUACCACCCAAGGCCAAAUUACCAAUGAGACAGCCAGUAUCCACACCACAGCAGCCUCCAUCCGAACCAAGAAAGCCUCCAAAGCCAGGAAGAUAAUUGCUAAGGUCAUAAAUACUGACACUGAGCAUAUACAGGCUGCAAAUGUCACUGAGACAGCUACCAGGCAGAUUGAGGCCUCAGUAAUAGCUAUCAGGUCCCAAAAAUCCAAGGGCAAGAAGGCUGCCAGUAGGGGCCCAAAUUCUGUCUCUGAGAUUUCUGAGGCCCUACUUGCCACUCAAAUGGUCACAAACCAGGCCCUGGCAGCCACCCUGCGGGUCAAGAGAGGGUCUAGGGCUCGGAAGGCUUCCACUAAGGCUCGGGCAACUGAAAGCCAGACUCCAAAUGCUGACCAAGGGGCCCAGGCCAAGAUGGCCUCUGCUCAGACCAACGUAAGUGCCCUUGAGACUCAGGUUGCUGCUGCUGUCCAGGCCCUGGCAGAUGACUAUCUGGCUCAGUUGAGUCUGGAGCCCACAACCAGGACCCGGGGCAAGAGAAACCGAAAGUCCAAGCAUCUGAAUGGGGAUGAGAGAAGUGGCAAUAAUUACAGGCGGAUCCCAUGGGGCCGGAGGCCUGCGCCACCGCGAGAUGUGGCCAUUUUACAAGAAAGGGCUAAUAAGUUGGUGAAAUACCUGUUGGUUAAGGACCAGACAAAGAUCCCCAUCAAGCGCUCAGACAUGCUGAGGGAUGUCAUCCAAGAAUAUGAUGAAUAUUUCCCAGAAAUCAUUGAACGAGCAAGCUACGCUCUGGAGAAGAUGUUUCGAGUCAAUCUGAAAGAAAUUGAUAAGCAAAGUAGCUUGUAUAUUCUCAUCAGCACUCGGGAAUCCUCUGCAGGCAUACUGGGAACGACCAAGGACACACCCAAGCUGGGUCUCCUCAUGGUGAUUCUGAGUGUCAUUUUUAUGAAUGGCAACAAGGCCAGUGAGGCUGUCAUCUGGGAGGUGCUGCGCAAGUUGGGGCUGCACCCUGGGGUGAGGCAUUCACUCUUUGGGGAAGUGAGGAAGCUCAUCACAGACGAGUUUGUGAAGCAGAAGUACCUGGAGUACAAGAGGGUCCCUAACAGCAGACCACCUGAAUAUGAGUUCUUCUGGGGCUUGCGCUCCUACCAUGAGACUAGCAAGAUGAAAGUCCUCAAGUUUGCAUGCAAGGUGCAGAAAAAAGACCCCAAGGACUGGGCUGUGCAGUACCGCGAGGCAGUGGAGAUGGAAGUCCAAGCUGCAGCUGUGGCUGUGGCUGAGGCUGAAGCCAGGGCUGAGGCAAGAGCCCAAAUGGGGAUUGGAGAGGAAGCUGUGGCUGGGCCCUGGAAUUGGGAUGACAUGGAUAUCGACUGCCUAACAAGGGAAGAGUUAGGCGAUGAUGCUCAGGCCUGGAGCAGAUUUUCAUUUGAAAUUGAGGCCAGAGCCCAAGAAAAUGCAGAUGCCAGCACCAGCGUCAACUUCAGCAGAGGAGCUGGUACCAGGGCUGGCUUCAGCAACGGUGCUAGUAUUAGCUUCAAUGGUGCACCCAGCUCCAGUGGUGGACCUGGCAUUACCUUUGGUGGUGCACCCAGCUCCAGUGCCAGCUUCAGCAAUACAGCCAGCAUUAGCUUUGGUGGCACACUGAGCACUAGCUCCAGCUUCAGCAGUGCAGCCAGCAUUAGCUUUGGUGGUGCACCCAGCACCAGCACUAGUUUCAGCAGUGAAGCCAGCAUUAGCUUUGGUGGCACGCCUUGUACCAGUGCCAGCUUUAGUGGUGGAGUCAGCUCUAGUUUUAGUGGCCCACUCAACACCAGUGCCACUUUCAGUGGUGCAGCCAGCUCUGGCUUUGGAGGCACACUCAGCACCACGGCUGGCUUUAGUAGUAUACUCAGCACCAGCACCAGCUUUGGCAGUGCACCCACAACGAACACAGUCUUCAGUAGUGCGCUUAGCACCAGCACUGGCUUUGGAGGCACAUUCAGCACCAGUGUCUGCUUUGGUGGCUCUCCCAGCUCCAGUGGUAGCUUUGGUGGUACACUCAGUACCAGUAUCUGCUUUGGUGGCUCUCCCUGCACCAGCACUGGCUUUGGAGGCACACUCAGCACCAGUGUCUCCUUUGGUGGCCCUUCCAGCACCAGUGCCAAUUGCGGUGGUACACUAAGUACCAGCAUCUGCUUUGAUGGCUCUCCCAGCACCGGUGCUGGCUUUGGUGGUGCUCUCAACACCAGUGCCAGCUUUGGCAGUGCGCUCAACACCAGUGCUGGUUUUGGUGGUGCUAUGAGCACCAGUGCUGACUUUGGCAGUACACUAAGCACCAGUGUCUGCUUUGGUGGCUCUCCUGGCACCAGUGUCAGCUUUGGCAGUGCGCUCAACACCAGUGCUGGUUUUGGUGGUGCUGUCAGCACCAGCACUGACUUUGGUGGUACACUAAGCACCAGCGUCUGUUUUGGUGGCUCUCCCAGCACCAGUGCUGGCUUUAGUGGUGCACUCAACACCAAUGCCAGCUUUGGCUGUGCCAUCAGCACCAGUGCCGGCUUCAGUGGUGCUGUCGGCACCAGUGCUGGCUUCAGUGGUGUACCCAGCACCAACCCUGGCUUUGGCGGUGCAUUUAACACCAGUGCUGGCUUCGGUGGGGCACUUAGUACCACUACUGACUUCGGUGGUACUCCCAACAACAGCAUUGGCUUUGGUGCUGCUCCCAGCACCAGUGUCAGCUUUGGUGGUGCUCAUAGCACCAGCCUCUGUUUUGGUGGAGCUCCCAGCACCAGCCUCUGCUUUGGCAGUGCAUCUAAUACAAACCUAUGCUUUGGUGGCCCUCCUAGCACCAGUGCCUGCUUUAGUGGUGCUACCAGCCCUAGUUUUGGUGAUGGACCCAGCACCAGUACCGGUUUCAGCUUUGGCAACGGGUUAAGCACCAGUGCUGGAUUUGGUGGUGGACUGAACACCAGUGCUGGCUUUGGUGGUGGCCUAGGCACCAGUGCUGGCUUCAGUGGUGAUCUAAGCACCAGUUCUGGCUUUGAUGGUGGGCUAGGUACCAGCGCUGGCUUCAGUGGAGGACCAGGCACCAGCACUGGCUUUGGUGGUGGACUGGGCACCAGCGCUGGCUUCAGUGGCGGACUGGGCACCGGUGCUGGCUUUGGUGGUGGACUGGUCACUAGUGAUGGCUUUGGUGGUGGACUGGGCACCAAUGCUAGUUUUGGCAGCACACUUGGCACCGGUGCUGGCUUUAGCGGUGGCCUCAGCACCAGCGAUGGCUUUGGCAGUAGGCCUAAUGCCAGCUUCGACAGAGGACUGAGUACCAUCAUUGGCUUUGGCAGUGGUUCCAACACCAGCACUGGCUUUAUUGGCGAACCCAGCACCAGCACGGGCUUCCAUAGUGGACCCAGUUCUAUUGUUGGCUUCAGUGGUGGACCAAGCACUGGUGUUGGCUUCUGCAGUGGACCAAGCAUCAGUGGCUUCAGCGGUGGACCGAGCACAGGAGCUGGCUUCGGCGGUGGACCAAACACUGGUGCUGGCUUUGGUGGUGGACCAAGCACCAGUGCUGGCUUCGGCAGUGGAGCCACCAGUCUUGGUGCCUGUGGCUUCUCCUAUGGCUAGUGAGGUUUCAGGUAACUGCAAUAUUUCCAUAGCCAGGACCCACAGGGAUGGGUAUAAGAGCUGGGAGAUGUUAUAAGAAACACUAAGGCAGGAGAGUGGGGUGGAAAGGUGAGGGCAAUGAAGGAAUUAUGAGAAGACAGUGCAUUUGGUGCUAAAAUGUGUUCCUAUUUGUUUUGUUUUCAGAUUUAUUCCCCAUGUUUACAGACACCGCUAAUAAAUUGCAGUAGUCCUUCCCAUGGAGCCAAAGUACAUCCUUGGAAUCUUUGUCCACACAGCAGUCAAAGCACCUACGGCCAAUCAGCUGAGGGUGUCAUGUGAUGGAAAAAUCUGUUUGCUGUUCCUGCUUUAUUGUUUGCUUUCUGUGUGCUGUCAUAUUUUGGUAUCAGAGUUACAUUAAAUUUACAAAAUGAAUUGGAGUUUUUUCUGUCUUUUAAUGUGCUUAGGUAGUUGUGGAGUGGCAUCUUGGGUUCACAGAAGAGCUGGAGAUCAGCAUAGCUCUUUGGAGAAAAUGGGGCUCCAGCUUUUGGCUCAAAGGGAAAUAUGACUUCAGCAGGAUAGAGGCCUGGGGAAAGCAUGGCAGGCAAGAGGAUAACAGCUUGAGGAAAGAUAUGGAGAGGGAAAGCCUGGAGCAGAAGGCAAAGGGAGAGGCUUCUGGACAGUAAGUACAGAUUCAUUUUGAAUCACUGGUGUAAGAAUGGAGGGAAGGGCAGAGGUCACUAGGGGUGGACAUAAGAACAAGGGAGGGUUUAAUUGGGAUAGGAGAGGAAAACUUGGGCAUAUUGUAUAGACUGUGGGGCAAAAGCUAAUAGGGACAGGAGAUCGAUAUGGAAGAGUCAGGAAUUGACUGAAGUAGCCCAUCCCUGAGAAGGUGGGAUGGAAUAGGGUACCAGAGAAGACGACCCUGACUUUGAACAGACUUAAGGGUGGCUGUGGAUGCAGAUAAAUAUAGAUCUGCUUCAAGCAGGGAUCGGCAACUUCUGUAGUAGACAACAACAACAAAAAACGGAGAGGUGGAUUAUGCAGGGUUUAGGUCUUGCUGGGUGGUUGUGAUGG